AAUAAUUGCAGUUUUAAAGUGUUUUAAUAAUGAUUUCAUUAUUAAAAUCAUCCAAAGCUAGACAAUAUCUUGUCGUCUUUAUUGUGAAUCUAACAAUAUUAACAACUGGCAUGAGCUUAGCUUGGCCGUCACCAGUGCUUGUGAAGCUGCGUUCAAUAGAAACGCCUCUGCAUCGACGCAUCACUGAUGAAGAAGGUUCCUGGAUAGUGUCCAUUGGAUCUCUUUGUAUAACAUUUGGUCUCAGUUUUCUAGGCAUGUUACAAGAUUGCAUCGGAAGAAAAUACUGUUUGAUAUUGACUUGUAUUCCUAAGGUUUUAGUGAGCAUUCUCUUCGUAUUUGCAAAAGACAUGUGGAUGUUGAUAUUCGGUCGUGCUAUAAUUGGUAGUGCUGACUUUUACUUGCUCACUGUCGUUCCAGUUUAUGCUUCAGAGAUCGCUGAUAAAGACAUUAGAGGUUCUUUGGGAACAUUUUUGCAGAUAUUCUCAUCUCUAGGCGUUGUUUUGACAAUGUCAGUUGGUCCUUUCGUAUCGUAUACUACUUACAGUAUAGUAUUUGCUGCAAUGAACUUAUUCAUGAGUAUACCAAUCUUAUUUUUACCAGACAGCCCCUUCUUCUUGUAUUCUAAAGGAAAAAAAGACAAGGCUAUUGAUGUGUUGAAAUUCCUUCGCGGUUCUGAAGAAUUGGCUAAAGAAGAGAUUUCCAUGUACGAUAAAUCUUUAAACAAUCAGAAAAUAGAAAUAAAAUCGCUGUUAAAGGAUAGAGUUUUUCUUAAAACUCUUGGGAUAUCGAUCAUUUUUGGUGCAACAACCCAAGUAACAGGUUUUAACGCUAUAUCGUUUUAUUUGCAAACGAUUUUGGAAUCAACAAAGACUAAUUUGAUGCCAGAAAUUGCGUCGAUAAUUAUAAGUUUAAUACAGCUGUUAGCAAGUUGUAGUUCAGCGUUUGUGAUUGACAGGUUUCAGAGGAAGCGUAUGUUAAUAACAUCAUUUAUUGGAUUGUUGCUUGGUUUGAUUGGAAUGGGCGCAUUCUUUAAAAUACGAGAGAACACGCAAGAAGUUACUGGAUUCAUGAACUAUUUACCGCUAAUAUCCCUGAUACUCGUUGUCUAUUGCUACAGUGCAGGAAUCGGCUCCUUAUUUUGGGUGGUAAUCGCAGAGUUAUUCGACGGGCCAGCGCGAGCAGUCGGUGUUACUAUCUGCAUAAUAGUGACGUCAUUCGGGAUCUUUCUCACCACGAAGUAUUUUGCUACCCUCACCACUGCUAUAGGACCAUCGAUGACGUAUUGGUUUUUCGGAAUCGCUUGUGCAUUUAGUGCAUUAUUUAUUUAUUACUGUGUACCAGAGACGAAAGGAAAAAGUUUUAAAGAAAUACAGAUGGCGCUAGGUGCAAAAGUCGGCAUGUAA